UACAUGAGAGAUAAGUUGUCUAAAAUUACCAAAACCACUUCCUACUAUAUCUGGCUUAGAGCUUAUAGUACAUAAAUGAUUCCUUUUUACAUAUGUUGUUAUUGAAAAAUUUCAAAAUGGUAUAUAAUAUGCCUUAAUUUAGUAGUAAAACUGCUGAUAGGUUAUUCACUUCCAAGUGGUCAGCUCUAAACAUAUGUGCAUAAUGAUGACACUAAUUGAAUCCAGUGAAGGGGUGUGUGUGUGUGUGUGUGUGUGUGUGUGUGUGUGUGUGUGUGUGUGUGUAGCAAUAAUUAUUCUAGAAGAAGUCACAAAUUUGAGAGAGGGUGGAAGUAGAUAUAGGGGAAAGAAGUGGGGAUGGAAAUGACAUAAAUACAGAAUACUCAAGCAUGGAACUCCAAAAUAUUUUAAGAAAAAAGAAGAAAGAAAAAACUGAAUUCUUAUAAUGAGCUCUGUUUGCCAGGAAGCAUGUAAUCACGCCCGGUUGUACCUCCUAAGCAUGCCUCAUAUUCUAAUAUUGUGUUAAUAAAUUAGGUAAAUAACUUCAGAAUUCAAGUGUUUGAUUUUAUUUGUCAUUUUGCACUAAUCAGUGGGGGCCCUGGAAUAUUUAUUAAGGUGUCAUAUGUUCAUUAUGUAUCUAGAAGUUAAACAUUUCAAACCAGGUUCUGUGGACUCCAACUCUAGUCCUUCACAGUGAGAAAAGAAGCAGAGAAUGAAUGAAAAGAAAACCCCAAUGCUCAAAUUCAUGAUUCUCUGUCCCAUAAUACCUGCUCUCUCUACUGGCUUCCACCGUACAGAAGGAUGAGUAUCAGAGAGUCUGAAUUAUUCAAAAAGUCUACAAACCACGCAGCUCUCCAAAAAUCUAAGCAAGAUAAGCAGAGAAUUUUAAAUCAAAGUUUUAGGAUACCCUUGCUUAUUUUGGAUCCUGUGGUUGCCUUCAUGAAGAAAGAUUAGCCAUCCUGAGGCAUUACACAGAUUAGGAAUAAUAGUGCAAAUGGUUAGCUAGUUGGCCACAAGUUAAGCAGGAUUAAGUUUAGACAGCCUAGCUCACAGUUGGAAGUUAUGAAAAUUUUUGCAAGAAUUUUUCUUUGAUCUUAACUAUAUCAAAGUAUUUCUUCCUUCAUAGAAAUUCUUUGAACAGAUAUCAUUCUUUUUUAAAAUUAUUAUUUGUUUUUAAAAUCUUAUCAAGCAUCUAGUCCUACUAGACUGCAGGGAAAUAGAGAUCAUGUAUGGUGAUUCACACAUGAUCUUGUAUUACAUUCUUGUAGCUCCCUGCUCAACUUGUAGGCAGCUCUACCAGGAAACUUUUUCUCAUCUGAACUUGCUUGUAAGGUGGGAGAGGAACCUUUUGGAUCCCUAACUUUUGUGAGAUGCCUAAGUGUCAUGAGCUUCCUGAGCCUUGUAAAUUCAUUUAGCUUCCUGGGAUUUGUGAACCACCCCUUCCAGAGGGAAUGCUUGAGUUAGGAGGAAAUAGUUAUACAAUAAGUACUUUAGACUUCAUUUUUAGAUUUUAUUUGUUAUGCUACUCUCUUUUUGGACUCUUGUUGAAUCUUUGGACCUGUUUUAAUUAGCAAAAGUUAGACAUUUUACUUUAGAACCUCCAUCCCCACCCCACCCACACCCCACCCCACCCCUGCCACACACACACGCAUACACAGCUGGUUUAUUCAUUUGGGUGUCUGUUGGGAACUACAAGGAGAGGAAACAUUUUAUCUCUAGUGUUGAGCAUCCUAGGAUGCUCCUGUAGUCAUCUUAGUAACAAGGAAGGAGAGAACAGCAUCCUUUCUAUUGGGUCAGACUUUCUGUUUCACCAAGACAGUACCAGUCCAACACUCAAGGCUAAGCUGUCAACGUGGAUGAGGUGCCAGCUUGGCACUUAACAUUAGAGUUGAGGCCCCCAUGAUAAAUGGCUUUCUAUGUUUGCUGUUCUCAAGUACAUUUGCAAACAAACUCCAGUUUUUAUGUGGAAGCAAAAAGAAUAUAACAUAACAUCUUAACAGCUACCAGAAACUCACGUCUUCUAUAAACACAUGCUUCAUCAUGGUAAAAUUUCUGUGUCUGCAGUCCUCUGGAGGAGAAGGGUUCCAUGUAAAGUCUUUAAGGUACACAGCGUAUUUGGUUUUUUUCUGCCAGCAGUUGUAUUCAGACUAGAGAACACAAGAUGCUAAUUUUACUCCCUGUACAGAUUUGUGACCCUUCUAAGAUUUCAAGCCAGCAAGAGGCAGAGACAUAAAUGUAUGUUACCAAAGUAACAGCAUGUAAGGAAAACAUUACUUUAUGAGACCACUGAACACCAUGUUCUCACACAAAUGCUGGAGGCUGCCCUAACCAUGUCCCUUUAUGAGCUCACUUCAUUAGACAGCAUUUAGUGAUGUUUGUGGUAUUGGAGAUUACGUAUGGUUUUAUUUACCUUAUGUUCUAUUCACUGCUUCAGAUGUGUUAGCCUGUAAUGCUUGGUAGCAAUUUCAUAUGCAGGGGAGAGCUUAAGGUAAAAGCAGUUACCCUAGGUCCUCCUUCUUGCUUUCUCUCAAUCUUGGUGGUGACUUUGAGAAUAAUACUUUAUCUUUCUUACCAUAAGUUCUGUCAUCAAAAUGCCUUAGACAGGAUCAGUUGUGUUGAAUCCCACCCAGCCACUCCCAUCCUCAUGACCUUUUCUGUAAUGAUAUGAAGCUCACUUCAGUAGCUGAUACUUUGCAUGAUUCCCCUGUGUCAAGACACAGUCCUGCCCACCCCAGCACUCUCUGUCAGUCCAGUUAAGUUUGUAAGGCUCUUUGAAGGUAUUUGUGAGUCUGGGAAUUGAUAGUACCUAACUCUGUUUUUAGUUAUAACAUGCUAUCGUUCAUAUUUUGACUUGUAGUUAAUUAUUUCUGAGCCAGAAAAGCUUUCCCCGUAGAGGGCCCAAGUUACCUCUUGCUCAUGAUCUCAUGCAUCCCAUUGCUUCAGUGAACAUUCGGAAUGUCCUCAACAGAUCUGCAAACAGCAGCUAUUUUAGGACACUUCCUGUGGCGUUGCAAAUGAUACACACUUCUGUCAUUAACUUCCUCUCCAGUAUCUUCCAUGCUGAGCUGAAGCACAUUGUGAGUGAAAUUACUCUUUUAUUUGCAUAUGUUCUCAUCACAUCCACCAAACAUACUUAAUGUGCUUAGAAAAUGCUGCUAGGUCAUUUUUAGUGUUCCUUUUGCUCCACAAAGAUGAGCAUUUACUCCUUGGAGUACAUGGGGGAGAAACACUAUCUUCUCAUUUUUCUCACUAGUAGAACAGGUAUUCAGACGAUAUAGACAGUCAGAGAGAGCAAGGAGAACCAAUAAUACUCAAUACGGAAUAAAGAUCAUCAGAUAAAAACACAUUUGACCUCUCUUUACCUUAAUGGAGCUAUAUUUUUUGAUGAUGCCUUCCUCUAUUUUAAAAUCAUUCAAACUGUGUUGUUGUUGUUGUUGUUGUUGUUGUGCCAGUUGCUGAGGCUUUGUGCUAUGUUGCCUUCAUUAUGAUAAAACUACUCUCAUUUUUGUGUUUUUCUGUAUGGCAUUGGCCAGACCUGAGAACUCAGUGUAAGGUUUGCUAGCAGCAUAACAAAGCUCUCUGUUUCACCCCAUGAACUUAGUGUGAGACGGCAGGUCCUGUGGCUGUUUGCACAUGCCAAUAGUCUGUUCAUUACCUGGCCCCCACCCCACCCCAAUUUGAUCAGCUUAUGUCCCCAAGUCAGGCCAAGAAACAGUUUUACAUAGGACACCAGCUCCUCCUCUUAUCCUUUGUAAUUGAGCAGGAACAUAUUUGUAGAGAGACUUGGCCAUACACUUGCCCCAUAGGUUCUGCUUCAUUUUUGCUUCCCAUUAGCUCUCAGAGCCAACUAUGAGUGAGGUCGACUGCAGUGACUCCAAGCCUAACGUCUGGCACAGAGAUUUCUUAAUCAGACUCUACCAAGGUUGAAGAUAUAAUUCAGCAUAACCUGUCCUUCAUACUCAGAGAGAUCAAGCUAACAGAUAUUUACGAAGGGAAAUCUUAAUUAGUCACUAAUUAAAUCCAACAUGACGAAUGAGCUUUCAACAGAUUUUAUUGUGAACGUUUUCUAUUUGACAUAACACCCUGGUUUUAAAUUGGGAAGAAAAAUAUAAGUACUGUUUUAAUACAUACAAUUUUGCUUUUGUAAAAGAGCACUGACAAACUUGUGAAGUUUUCCCCAAGAAAUUAUUUUGAAGACAACCUCAGACAUUUCACUUAAUCAGUAGAGAAUGAAGGGUUGGGUGGUAGCCAGUGGAUGGGGGCAGCACUGACAGCAACUAUUCCUGUAUUUAAUUUAAUUUAUUUUAAUUUUAUUUUUGGCUGGUGGUCAAAGCAAGAGCUUUCCAGCCAGCUUCACUUCUUAGGCUCUUUGAUGGUAUUUUGGUAGCUUGGCCUCAGAAGCCAUGAAAUUAGAAAUAAAAUCUGGAGAUAAUCAGGGAAAAUUCAUGGCUGGUGAAUUGACAUAAUGAAGUAAUGAAUCGGAUUAUGUAUGCUUCCACUUCGGUAAAAGCCUUGGGGUAUAGAUAAUUGAGUUUAUUAAGACAUUUCCAGUGUAACACACAAGACUACAUUUUUAAGUACUUGAUUAUCACUAGUUCUCUAUUGAUCUCAAGGACACCUAGGGAAAUACUCAGACAGCAGCACUCAAUGCAAGCCAGCAAACCUGGGGUAGACAUUGUCGAGGCUACAUAGUCUACCAAGACUUUCUAGCAAUGGUUUCAGGAUAACAAUCAGGAGAUGUCUAGGCUUCAAACAUAUUGCGAUUUCAAUUUACAUUGAACUCUCUGUCCUCUUUUGGACACUAUAUAUUUUUUUUAAUUAUGAGCUUGACAGGGUAGUGCAGAGCUAUUUACUUCAAGUCUGUCAGCUACAGAAGGAUUUGAGGACAGCUGGGCUACGAAAGACCCUAUCUUAAAAGCAAGAAUAAGAAAUACAGAAAAAAUAACCUAGAAUACCUCCUUAUUCCUAGUUAUUAAAGUAUUCACUUUAUCUUUCUUUAUUAUCUUUACUCUUUUUUUUUUUACUAUCCAGUUGUUAUCCCCGUCCCAUUCUGCCUUCCGACAGUUCCUCAUUACAUCCCUCCUCCCCUGUCUCCAAGAGGAUGUCCCCAAACCCCCACACACACUCUGUCAGGCCUCCCCAUUCCCAGGGGUCUCAAGUCUCUUCAAAGGUUAGGUGCCUCUUCUCUCAUUGAGGCCAGAAUUGGCCGUCCUCUGCUAUAUGUGUUGGAGGCUUCAUAUCAGCUCAUGUAUGCUGCCUGGUUGGUGGCUCAGAAAGAAAUCUUGAGCGUCCAGGUUAGUUGAGACUGCUGGUCUUCCUUUGAGGUCAUCCUCCUCAGCUUCUUCCAGCCUUUCUGUCAUUAAACCACAGGGGUCCAUGACUUCAGACCAUAGGUUAAGUCUAAAUAUCUGCUUCUGUCUCAGUCAGCUGCUUGUUGGGCCUCUCAGAGAGCAGCCAUGCUAGACUCCUGUCUGUAAGUACAUCAUUAAUAGUCUCAGUAAUAGUGCCAGGCCUUGGAGUCUCCCCUUGAGAUGAGUGCCAGAAGUAUUCUUUCACAUGAAAAAUGGCUGAUCUUUUAGACAAUGUGUUUUAUACCUGAAUGAAAUAAGGACACUACUGCUCCAAGGUGUGGCUGAGGAGAAGGAUUUUAUGGUAGGUUGAUGGAGAGUGCCACUGCAGGCAUUAGGAAGAGCCCACAGCAAGGAAAAAAGCAGUAGACUUAACCUGGCCAUGAGAGGAGGUGGGUGGGGGUUGAUGGGCAGAGAGAGGGUCAGGAGAACCAAGACACCAAAGAGAACUAAGACAACACACGCCAACUGAAAUGGCAGGGCUAAAAAUGAAUAAGAAGCUGGGAGAAGGGAAGCCCAUGUGUUGAAAACAUUUAGGGUAAUGGGUGGGGAUUGAAUUGCUAAGAGGAGCCAGGAUACCAGCAGCCUCUGUAACAGGGACUUGUUGAAAGAGCCUAAAGACCAUAUGCUUUGGUGUGCUAAUAGGCACCCCUGUUAACCAUUUUAACCUUUAGUUUUAUGUACAUUGCUUUUCUUGCAUAUGUGCCUGUAUGAGGGUGUCAGAUCCCCUGGAAUAAGAAUUACAGACACUUGUGAGCUGCCAUGUGGGUGCUGGGAAUUGAAAGCAAGUCUUCCUGAAGAUCAGUCAAGGUCAAAGCAUGUAUUCACUGAGCCAUCACUCCAGCUUGGACCGGGGCACCCUGCUUAUGUUUGUUAAAUUGUACCUUAAUUGGCAAAAUUUAGAUCUCACUUAGGUAUCGUAUCUUGUCAAAAUUUUCUCCACACCUGACUAAAUGUCUUUUGCCACACUGUUUACUUAGCGGUAUGUGCUAUCUUGUUUCUGUCAAGCCAUCUUUUAAGUUGCCUGCUCCCUCUUCUACUUAGUCAGCUCUAGGUAAGAGGGGAAGUAUCAUGGACCACAAGACAGACCACUGUAGGUUUCACUGACUUUUGAAACAGAGGCUAACUGUUAGAUAACAAUCAGUCCACAUACUCCUGGUUGGCUUGCCUCAGGCUCAGCCUAUGGUCAUUGAAUCUCACUGGGCCAACAGACUUAGAGCUGUUCAUGUUUAAAUAAAAUCGAAUAAGAAGUAAGAUGAAGCAAGAAUGGGGCUCAGGAACACCUCCUAGGAACUGGAUGAACACAUGGCCUUGUGAGGAAGCUCCACCACAGCCUCUUGGGAGUGAGCCAUGCGGCUCUGUAAGGAUGAAAACUUUCUGCUGAGCGGAUCCUGGGCAGAUCGAUCACCACUGCAUGAAGCUGCAAGUCAAGGUCGUCUUCUUGCUCUGAGGACAUUGCUAUCACAAGGAUAUAAUGUAAAUGCAGUAACCAUAGACCAUGUCACUCCACUCCAUGAGGCCUGCCUAGGUGACCACGUGGCCUGUGCAAGGACUCUCCUGGAAGCUGGGGCUAAUGCAAACGCAAUCACCAUAGAUGGCGUGACUCCCUUGUUCAACGCAUGCUCACAAGGCAGCGCAAGUUGUGCAGAACUCCUUUUGGAAUAUGGUGCCAAAGCCCAACUGGAGUCCUGUUUUCCAUCUCCAACACAUGAGGCUGCCAGUAAAGGUCACCAUGAAUGUCUCGACAUUUUGAUAGCCUGGGGCAUAGAUGUUGACCAAGACAUACCUCACUUGGGAACUCCUCUUUAUGUAGCUUGUAUGUCACAGCAGUUCCAUUGCAUCUGGAAGCUUCUUUAUGCUGGUGCUGAUGUGCACAAAGGCAAGUACUGGGACACGCCACUGCAUGCUGCCGCUCAACAACCCAGUACCGAAAUCGUGAACUUACUGCUAGAAUUUGGAGCAGACAUCAAUGCAAAGAACACAGAUCUCUUGCGGCCUGUCGACUUGGCUACAUCUAACAGUGCUGUAGAAAGAAUACUUCUUCAACAUGAAGCUACCCCAAGCUCUCUUUGCCAACUGUGCCGACUCUGCAUCCGAAACUACAUAGGAAGACAAAGGUUCCAUCUUAUCCCUCAGCUCCAGUUACCAACAUUGCUGCAGAAUUUCUUACAGUAUCGAUAACACAGAAAAUAGUUUCACAUUCUUAAGAAAUCAAAAUUUUCUAUUUUGGUUUCUUUUUAAAAUAUAGAAGAUAAGGGUGAUGAUGCAUAUAAGUUCACCCAGCAAAGCCGUAAAAUCUAAGUGGAUUUUCAUCUGAAGAAUACUCAUUGGUACUGUUUAUCAAUUUUUACGGUCUUUGGUUUAUAUUUAAAACAUCUAUAUCAUCUCAGCAUUCUUGGUGUAUCUUCUUGAUUUAGGGGAAAGAUGGGAAUUUAUUCAUUUUAUGUUUUUUUAUUAUAGAGUGGAAAGAAAAUUGUACACUUUUGCUAAAAUAUUAGUUUAAUUAUAAAUUUCAUCCUAUGUUACAUUUUGAAGGAUCUGUAUUCUCAAAAAUGGUUAACUGUAAUUUCAGAUACUGUCAUUGGUUACCUGUGUUUUUAAUAUUGUCAAAAAUUAGAGCAAUUAAUAUGCUUUUUGAAAUAAAGAUGACUUAUGCACUUGC